GAUUUGCUCGUCGACCUCCACAGCCCCAGCAUCUACAGCGAAACAUGCCGUCUAGCGGGGAUGGUGGCGGCCAGCGGCUUCAUCUACGGAGUCACGCGGGGGAUCCUGUCGGUUGCCGGGUUCGCAGGAGGCGUCGGCGCGCACGUCUUUUUCACCAGCCCCGUAGCCCUCCUGUGCGAGGAGCGUGCAAGCCCCGGGGCUCUUGCCAUCCAGGUCGCUGUCAAGUCACUGGCGAUGCUUGCUGCAUGCGUGCUCGCGGCAUGGGACUGGACAAGCUUCCGUCUCGCAGUUGCGCUGAUGACCAAGGUGUUCCUCACCCCGACCGUCUUCUGCGUAGUACUCGUUGCGUGUGCUGGCACGCAUGCAACCGCGGGCGUCACGUUCGCCCUCCACGCCGACCACGGGGGCCCCCUGCCGCAGAGCGAUGUCAACGAGGAGGAGCUACAGACGUUCCCCUUUGAGCAAGGCUGCAGUGCCUGCACGGCGGACCGCAAGCCCCACAAGCGGACGGCCUCGGGGUCUGGCCAGGGCCAGGGGCCGCUGGGUCAGGCGCCGCCGAACUACGGCGGCUGCCUGCCUGGUGUCGGGCCGGAGCUCCAGCGCGUCUGCUGAGGGCCAGCGGAGAGGGGGCAGGCGAGCACCAGAGUCAGAGGAAGCAGGAGGGGACAACGCAAUUGUUUCAUCUGGCACACGUUCGUUGCCCUCGGACGUUGCUGUGUUCUUGCUCGCUGGAGCAUUUCACACGUCUGCGGGACUGCACUGUCAAUGCCACGUUUUCCAUUGGUUUUGCUGCGUUUCUCCUCUGAAUGCACGCCGCUUGGGGCGGCAGAGAGCUUGAGAGAUCCAUCCAACAAGUGUCGGAUCUGCGACUGCCGCCGUGGACUGAGGAGAG